UGAGUAAUAAGAGCUAAUAAAUAUUGUUCUUUCCCCAUAGAAAGAACGAAGAUAAGAAGACUAAAUGUUAGUUUUAAAGGGGUAGGAAUAGCAUGCUGUUGAAUGUUUACAAUUACACGAGUAACUGUACCUUUGAACUAGUACGCUCUAAUUUCCUAAAAAGUCCUCUCAUGUUCUCAGGACUGCACUACACUUAGCCUGCGCCAGCGGCCAGUCAUCAGUGGUGGCUCUCCUUAUCCAGUGGAAGUGUGACCUGGAUGCUCGUGAUGAGGAAAGCAAGACAGCUCUCAUCAAGGCUGUACAAUGCCAGAAAGAAGUGUGUGUCACUAUCCUGCUGAAACAGGGUGCUGACCCAAAUCUUGCGGACAACUGUCAGAACACUGCUCUGCAUUACGCCGUCUUGGCUGAAGAUACAUCAAUUGCAGCAGAGCUGCUCCACUAUAAGGCAAACAUCGAGGCGAUAAACCAGUCUAACUUCACACCAUUUUUAGUCGCCGUCAGGGAGAACAAAGAAGAGAUGGUCAAAUUUUUGAUUGAGAACGGGGCAAAUGUACAUGCAGUCGACAAGAUGCAAAGAUCAGCGCUCAUGCUUGCUGUGUUUCAUGACUCACCGGACACAGUCAAGCUGCUGCUUCAGAAGCACGUUAAUGCCAGUUCUCGAGAUUUACACGGAAUGUCUGCUGAAAGAUAUGCUUGUCGUAAUGGUUUUAAACAGUAAGUGUUUACAUUAAAAUGGCAGUUAUCUGUAAAUUGAGGUUGAAAAUGACCUAACUGUUCCUUGUUACAUGACAGGUGAGAGUUCCUAGUUGGGAGCAGGCACUUUGGGGAUGGCAGUGAGACCCUCCCCAUCACCAGCUGGAAACCAGCAAAAGGCCAGACUAGUGAGAUGGAGCAGUGGGCACGGGGUUCUUUAUCUCAGGGUUUGUAAGACCUUUAUCCUUAGGGUCCUACUGGUCUCCAUUUCAUUCCAGUGUAACCCCUAUGCUUGCGGUCCAAGUAAUGUCACAUAUCUGAUUUUUCUAACUAGUCAUUUGGGUCUUGAAAUGUUUAGCAGAGCAGAAAAUCCUGUAUUUUCCUUUGGGGGCUUUCUUCUAUAAUCUUCCUCUUGAAUUUUUCGAGAACCUAAGGGAUUCCCUAAGGCCACAGUGACAAUCCUCUCCCAAAGGCAUUGGGGCAGGGCGAGGGCAUGCUAAUCGUUCUCUUGUUUCCCUUGAUUCUGUUGCUGCAGCGUUGGUACUAAAACUAGUUUUAACAGGAUCUCCUUGGCAGCUGAGUCUGGGUCUGGAUGUUGCUCUCUAAAGACCUUUAAUAAAAUUUUAAAAGAAGAAAAGGAAAAAGAAACUGGUCGUGCAGUCGGGUCAUGACUGACCUCUGCUCCCGGGAUGCCUGUGCUGAUCCAGUUUCCGCGGUCUUCGUGGCGAUCGACACCCUUUACCAGCUGAUUGUCGACUACACGGAUGGAAAUAUACCAACUACUCCCCCUCAAACUACCGACCUAGGACAGAGUUCUGCUAGGAAGAGAUUACCUUCUUCGCGUACUGGGGCAGAAAACAUCAAAGAAAAGUUGCAAUUGUCUGGCAAGGACGACAAAGAAGAAAUGGUUGUCGAGUUGGGAACCAGCAAUGGCAGCCGCAUGGAUCCACUGAAGAAUGUUGAGCAGAAGAGUAAGAAGAUUCGACCGGAUUUAAUGGUUGAGGUUUCACCGAGGAAUGAAGAUAUCUCUGUCAUCAGCGUUUCACCCAAAGAUGAUAUUGAUGAUUCAAGGCCUCCAUCGGAUGAUGACUUAGCUCUUACUCCCAAGAGUACCUCCGAGAUUCAACUAUGGAGCCAUGUUGGUCAUUUAUCUGGAGCUGCAGGUCUAGGAGAAAAAAAUACAUUAAAUGGACAAAUAGAAAAUUCUGAUAGGUUAUUGAAAAUUCAGGAUCCAGUUGAUUCAUUCCGAUCAAUAGAACUUAAAGAAUCUUACUGCACACAACUUAGAGGAAAACUUAAAGAAAUGGAAAAGAAUGUGAACUGGCUACACACAGAGCUGCUGAAAACAAGAGAAGCAAAAUCACAGUUAAAACUUCAAAAUAUGGAGUGGGAACGAGAGCUCCGCCACAUGAGAUUCACAUUAGAACAAGAAACAAAGAAGAAGAAAAAUGCUUAUACAUUAUAUGAAAAACCUGAGGAUGAUUUAAAAAGAAAAGAGAAACAAGACAAUGAGCAAGUUUUCCUGAAGCAACAGAUUGAAAGCACUGCCCGAGCACUAGAAUGCAAACCGAAGGGCGUAAGGAAUAAACCAAAUCAGGUUUUAGAAGAGCGAAAUGACGCUGAGAGACAACGUUCUCGACUGCAGAAUGCCAGAGUAAUACAAGAUGACAUCCUGGCCCAUCAUCUUUCCCAACAAAAGGAGGCAGAAAAGGCUAAUAAGGAAAUGAAUGCUGAGGACACGAUGGAUUUUAAGCUGUCUGACCCAAAAGAUAGCAGCGAGGUGCUUCCUCAGCAAGUUCCUGAAGCUGAACGUCAAUUCCGUGGCCCAGAAAUUGAGCUCCAUCCCAGGAAAGAUGCUCUUAGACCAACGACGUUGUUAUUAGAAUGCGUGCAUAGAGACCGAGGCCAAGCCCAGCGUUCAAACAAGGAAACUGAACCCUUGUCUCAGAGCAAACAAGGGGAAUUCAGCAAAUACAUUGGAAAGCAGAUGUUCUUGAAGGAGACAAUAUGUAAACUACAAAGUGAAAACACGUUGCUUCGACAGCAACUGGAAGUUGCUCAAAAUGAAGGCAGAAGCGAAGAGACAAUACUUAAUGCCCCACAGCUGUUUCUGGAUCACAUGGGAAAACUUGAAGCCAUGAGCAGACGAGUUCUGAUGCUGGAGGAAGGAAACAAGGAGUUAAUCGAUGAAUGCAGAUGUUUAAAGCACAGACUGUGUCAGUAUGAAACAGACAGAGCAGAAAUGGAAGCCCAUAUCAGACAGCUUGAACAAGAACUGACUGACACCCGAAAGAGAGUGUCCAUGUUGGAAGCGUCCCUGGAGGUGACAGCACAUCAUAAGACUAAUUCAGAAAACAAGAGACGGGAUGGAGAGAGGAAGUCACAUCAAACUGCGAAUCCAAAUGCUGAUCUGCCAGCAAAAGAGGAGUCUACAUCUUCAGUAGUUCUCCAUCUGAGUGCAGAAACUCAGCUUCUUCUAAAGGAGUUGUUACCUGUGAAAGAGAUGCAAAGGAAAUGUGAAGCACUAGAGGAGGAGAAGAAGAAGUUGGAGGAAGAAGCAGUAAAUCUGAGGCGUCACCUCGAAAUGAACCCAGUGGAACGCAGCCAAGUGGAGCAUUACAAGCGGGAGCCUGGAGAGCAAGCAAGACGGGAUGCAGUAGAAGCACUGAAAGAACUCAGGCGAGCUGUGCAGCACAGACAGGAAACUGAAGAACAAGCAAGACAUGAUGUAGUAGAGAAACUAAAAGAAAUCAGCCAGUUUUUACAGGCACAAGCAGGAUUUCAAGAAAACGUGUUGAAAGAGUAUAAGCGUGCUUCAGUUAGUCAAACGGAACCCAGAGUUAAAGAUCUGGAGCCUGAACUUAAAAGUGAUUGUAAUGAAAACAGAUUGGAAAAAUACAAACAACUAUACCUGCAAGAGCUAGAAAAUAGAAAGUCUUUGGCAAGUGAACUUACCUCGGUUAAUGAGAGGCUGGCCGAGGUGAGCACUAAGCUUCUGCUGGAGAGACAGCACAAGAGCUCUUUCCCUGGCUUUGUUCCUGCAAGGCCUGUUGACGCACCGCCUUCUGCUGCUGGUACUAGCGUGGAGGCCAAAAGGAGUCCUACUCGAAGAAGGCGCUUCAGGAUUUUUUCCGACCCUUCAACUAACUUGAGCGUUCCCUUGUUCCGGAUGCGGAAGUAGUUGGAGAAUAAUACAGAUAGAGAAUUAAAAGGAGCUACUACUGAACUCGGAUCUAAGUCCUAGAGACUCUCUCACAGCCUUGAUGGACGAAUCAAGUCUAAGUCCAGAUCUGGUUUCGAAAGCACGUGAAGAAUAUGUGGAGAUUUUGAAGAAUAAUUAUAUGAUGUGCAAGAUAAAUAGUAAACAUUUACCUGCUGGGCUGUUUGCUUAACAUUUUAUUUACUUUCCAUUAUGUAAGAUACUGACCCUGUUUAUUAAGGGAAAAUACUCUUGCGU